AUGGCCAACGCUUCCUACCCCAGCUGGAGCCUUGAGGGCAAGGUUGCCGUCGUCACCGGUUCUGGCCGUGGGAUUGGCAAGGAGAUGGCUCUUGAGCUCGCUCGUCGCGGUUGCAGCGUCGCUGUCAACUAUGCCAACGCGAAGGAAGCUGCUGAGGAGGUUGUCAAGCAAAUCGAGGGCAUGAAGACUGGCGCUAAGGCCGUCGCCAUCAAGGCCAACGUUGCCGAUGUCAAGCAGACCCAAUACCUCAUGGACGAGGUAGUCAAGCAGUUCGGCAAGCUCGACAUUUGCUGCUCUAACUCCGGUGUUGUUUCUUUCGGCCACUUCAAGGACGUCGAGGAGGCGGAGUACGACCGUGUUAUGCAGAUCAACACACGUGGACAGUUCUUCGUCGCCAAAGAGGCGUACAAGAGGAUGUCGGUUGGUGGCAGGAUCAUCCUUAUGGGAUCCAUUACUGGCCAGGCCAAGGGUGUGCCUAAACACGCUGUUUACUCCGGCUCCAAGGGUGCUAUUGAGACCUUCACCAGGUGCAUGGCUAUCGAUGCUGGCGAGAAGAAAGUAACUGUCAAUUGCGUCGCACCUGGUGGCAUCAAGACCGACAUGUACCACGCUGUAUGCCGCGAGUACAUUCCCAAUGGGGAGAACCUUUCCGACGACGAGGUCGACGUGUAUGCCGCUACCUGGUCACCGGUCGGCCGUGUUGGCCAACCCCUCGACAUCGCCCGCGUUGUCUGCUUCUUGGCGUCCCAGGAUGGUGACUGGGUCAACGGAAAGGUCAUUGGUAUCGAUGGUGCUGCUUGCAUGUAA